UCGUUUUCAGGUCUGUUGAAGUUAUUUUCUUUUGAUGGUAAAUCUUCUGUUGAUGACUAUGCAAAUCUAAAUGAAUACUCCAAAAUCAUUCGAAUCUCAUAGGCAUUUUUACCAAUAUGUAGAUAAUUUGUCUUGCAGGGCUGAAUCAGGUUUCCGUCAUGUAGAAGCUAAGAAGUAUACUCCCCGCCUUCUCCAUGUGUUUGGGGAAAAGAACAAGGUGCAGAUCAAGGAAGUGAAGUUGAAGAAAGAUUACUUGAAUAAUGAUGACGUUUUCCUGAUUGACUUGGGACUGAAGAUUUAUCAGUGGAAUGGUGACAACAGUAACAAAAACGAGAGGUUUGAAGCAGGGAAACAUGCCAACCAAUUGAGAUCUGAUCGAGGUGGCAAACCAAGCAUAGAGGUUUUGGAUAACUGCGUGGUUAGUGACGUACCGGAAGAGCUGUUGGAGAUUUUCCCCGAUGAUGGAAAACCUGGAUCCAAAAAACCUAAAGAUAAGACUGAUGCUGGUGGUCAGUUUGAAAAAGUAUUGUUCAGGUUAGUUUAUAAAAUCUUCAGGAUGAAGGAGCUAUUUUAUAAAGCCGUGGUCCUUCAGCGUUCCUCGGCAACCACUGAGCCGCUCAUCAGCUCACCGUAUUUCUCUGUGCUGGUGACAUAACAUGCGUGUGAAGUAAUAGUAAUUGGAACGAGUAAAGUGGAAUACAAUUCAGG